CAUGAGAGGGGAACGUGAACAUUGGUUCCGCUGGCGUGUUUCCAGUCGGACACAUAAACAGUGAGCCAGAUGUAGUUGGCUGGGAAGUUUUUUCAGCGUGUUACAUUCACGUUCUAAUUAUGAUGUAAAUAAAGAGAUGAGAAAAGCGGUCAAAUAUUCGUCAUGUUGCCGGAACACAGAGCUCUGCUGCGGAGACACAGACUGGACCUGUCCGCUGAGCUGCUGGUCAGUGACUCCAUAGUUCCGUUUCUGUACCAGGAGGAGAUCCUGACGGGGUCUGAGGUGGAGGACAUCGAGUCUCAGUCCAACAACAGACUCAAGACCCUGAGGCUGCUGGAAAUGCUCCCGAGCCGCGGGCCCCGGGCCUUUGACUGCUUUCUGCGGGCACUGGACGACUUCAGCUGGGUCAGAGAUAAACUGCUGCUGGAGCUCCAGACCAAACCAGCUGGACCAUCGAGAUCCGGAUCCACAGACGUUCUCCCUCUUCCCGACUCCUUCCUCCAGAAGGUUCCUUCUGAUCGGGAGUUGUCCCGGCUGGCGGCUCGGCUUGGCGCCGCGUGGGAGUUGGUGUUGAUGGCCUUGGGUUUGACCGCGGAGGCGUUGUUUCGCUGUCGGUCUGACCACGCCCACAAUGCUCACGGCGCAGCGCUAGCGGGCCUGGUUCAGUGGAGACGACGUGAAGGGAAGGAAGCCACGGUAAAGAGACUGCUAGAGUCCCUGCACGCCGCUGAUGUCCACCCGUCUGUCCUUCAAGACGCUCUGACAAGUAUCCAACAGGAUACUACAGGACGCACUGUUGCAGAAGACCAAGUGUCCUACAGGACGUGACAAAAGACCAAGUGUCCUACAGGAAAUGACAGAAGACCAAGUGUCCUACAGGUCACAGCAGGAUGCUUUGACAUGACAGAAGAUCAAGUGUCCUACAGGACGUUCUGUCACAGAAGACCAAGUGUCCUGCUUUUGUCUUACUUUUAGCUGUUUUUAGCUAACAUAAGCUCAGCUAUGUUUCGGCUAAGAGACACAGACUGUCACAAUAAAAGCCUCAAAGCAUCAGGAGACAUGUUGACAUGACAUCAUGCUGUUCUUAACGGUUUGUCCAAAUAAAUCAUAUCAGAAUA